UCAAUCCCAAAAAAAAAAACCUGUUUACUUGAGACUUUUCUUCACCUGAGAGGAAAAAUGGAAAUGGAAGGUGGUAAUAUGGACAUGGCAGGUUCUGGUGGAACUACAGGGAAUUCAAGGUGGAACCCAACGAAGGAGCAAAUAAGCCUGCUUGAAAGUUUGUAUAUGCAAGGGAUAAGGACUCCAAGCGCAGAUCAGAUACAGCAGAUAACAAGUAGGCUUAAGGUUUAUGGUACCAUUGAAGGGAAAAAUGUGUUCUAUUGGUUUCAAAAUCAUAAGGCAAGGCAACGGCAGAAACAGAAGCAAGAGAAUAUGGCUUAUAUCAAUCGCUAUCUUCAUAGGACUCAACCUGUUUAUCCUCCUCCUCCUCGUGCUGGCCCGAAUGUUGUUUGUGGUCCAUAUUUUCUGCCACAAGGUGAUCUAGGGUUUUACCCUCAUCAGUGCCCCAAGGUUCUUCUUCCUGGUGCAGUCAAGAGGAGAGGAAGGCCUGAGAAAAUGGAGAAGGCAAGAGUUUAUGGUACUGGAGCUGCAUAUGAUCUGGUUCACCAGGAGUGCAACACCAUGAUGCCAGAUAUUGAAAACUAUGGAGGAGUUCUCAACAAUGGCAAUCAUGAGACCUUGGCCCUCUUCCCUUUGCACCCAACUGGGGUUUUAGACGCCAGGGCAACAAUGUCUUCACUUGGGUCAACUACCUCUGCUGGAAAUUCCACUACUCCCUCCAGCUCUUGUGAGACUACUGCUGGUAUUGAUCAAGAAGGCUAUGGUACUGAACAACGCUUCUUUGAUUUCUUUUCUAGUCAAGGUUCUUGUGAAAGUGAUCUUAAGUAUGGUCAUUAAGAAACAACAUAUGAAAGUAGAUUCUGAGAUGUUCUUGUUCUCUUUUAUAUGUCUAAUGAGUGGUGAGUAAGGGAAGUUUUUGUGUUGAGAGAGAUCGUUUCUUCUCCGGGUGGUAUAUCUGUUCCA